UUAGUUAAAAAAAAAAAACAAAAUUUGAGGUUAUAUUUUUAUUGCGGUAGAUUUCAUUUAAUUUUUAUUUUUAUUUAGGUAUAAUCUUAUUAAUUGUUAUUUAUAAGUCUGUGUAUUUGCGAAUUGCGAAUAAAGUCAUGGAAAGUGAUGAAAUUAUUUCCCAGUUUAGUUUUUCUAUGUUGGAAAGUAAAAUUGAUAGUCGUAUCUUAGAUUCACUGAAAACUAUGGGUUUUUUGAAGCCUACAAAAAUUCAAGCCAAAACAUUGCCUCAUAUGCUUCUUGGAGACGAUGUCAUAGGUGCUGCAAAAACGGGAAGUGGCAAAACUUUGGCAUUUUUAAUACCAGUUGUAGAAAAAUUAAUCAGUUUGGGAUUUACCAAUAAACAUGGAGUUGGCUGUUUAAUAAUUUCUCCAACUAGAGAAUUGGCUCUACAAAUUUAUGUAGUGUUAAAAAAAUUGAUAGCAAAUAUAAAUUUAACACACUGUUUGGUUGUUGGUGGUGAGAAAAAAUUAAAAGAAAUUGCAUCUUUGAAUAAAGGAGUUAAUAUAAUUGUCGGAACACCUGGUCGCAUAUUAGACCAUGUAGAAAAUACUUCUGGUUUCAGCUGUAAUAAUCUCAAGUGCCUUGUUUUGGAUGAAGCUGAUAAAUUAUUGGAAGCUGGGUUUGAGAAACACAUAGCUGGUAUAAUAAGGAAACUACCAAUAGCUGUGUUUGUUUUUUCAGAAAAGAGACAGACAGCAUUGUUUAGUGCAACAAUAGAUGAAAAGGUUGAGAAUCUUGCAAGGUUAGCAUUGAAGGAUAAUCCUAAAUUGAUAUCUGUAAAAAAUCAAAAACAGUCAACUGCCUCAGGCCUAGAGCAAGGAUAUUGCAUUUGUCCAGUGGAAAAGAGAUUAUGUUGGCUCUAUAAAAUGCUUAAAAAAACCAAAAAGCUAAAAGUGAUGGUGUUCUUUUCGUCCUGCAAAUCUGUUGAUUUCCAUUACAGUUUCUUUAAAGUUCACUGUAAGGCUCCAGUGAUUAGUAUCCAUGGUAAACAAAGCCAAUCCAGGAGAAAGGAUGCAUACCAAACUUUCGUUCAAGCAGACAAGGGGGUUCUGUUUUGCACUGACGUGGCAGCUAGGGGGUUAGACAUACCAGCUGUGAAUUGGAUAGUACAAUACGACCCCCCUACAGAUAUGAAGGAGUACAUUCAUAGAGUGGGUCGUACAGCAAGAGGUUUGAACAACUCUGGCAACGCUGUAAUAUUGUUGCGAGAGGAGGAAGAGAAGUUUGUUCAGUAUUUGAAGAGAGAGAAAGUUUAUUUAGACAAAUACAAUUUUGGUGAUCCUCCUGACGAUGUACAGAAAAUGCUAGAAGACCUCAUACAAAAGGACGGAACUAUGAAGAUUCUCGCACGCAAGGCGUAUUUGUCACAUCUGCGAUGUUACAACAAGCAUUCACAUAAUGAAGUGUUUAACAUAAAACACUUGGAUUUAAAACUCGCUGCUAAAGCUUUUGGAUUUUUGGAGCCGCCUCAUGUUGAUUUUCUAAAAACUAAAAAACGUAGGAAACCUAACAUCGAUGGAACAACUGUAAGAUAGUAUACAGCCAAUCGACGUUGAACUGCCUCUAUGGUCCUGUGGUUAACCUUUAAGGUUUCAGAUCAGGAGGUCCUGGGUUCAAGUCCUGUUCAAGCAAGCAGCAGACUUUGAACAUAAGUCAGUGGUAUUACACCUAUGUUCCUAUGAGAGCACGUUAAGCCAUCGGUCCCGAUCUUUAUCACAAAACAUCUCAUGGUUUUAGUGUAAAAUAGCAAAAUUAUUAUUUUGUUAUUCAUUAAGCAUUCAAUAUUUUAUAUCUGGAUGAAAAUGUUGAUGAAUAAAAACAACAGUUUAUUAUA